AUGUUGAUGUUAUCAGAUGAGCUCCGCAACGAGAAUUCUCAAAUCCAUACCUGCAAUGCUGCUGGUCUUGCACUCAAAAAUGCUCUCUCUGCCCGUGAUUCAACAAGGCAAGACGAGUACUCUGCAAGAUGGAUGGCCCUCGAUGUCGAUGCUAGACAAAAGAUCAAAGAGGCAUCCCUUUUAACUCUUGCAUCUCCUCAACCAAGAGCAGGUGCUGUGGCUGCCCAAGUCGUUUCUGCGAUCGCAGCCGUAGAGUUACCUGUCGGCCAAUGGCCAGAUCUCGUUGAAAUUCUUCUCGGUUUUAUCAACACGUCUGAUGACACGAACUUGAAGAUUGCCACUUUGCAAGCUAUUGGUUACAUCUGUGAAACUAUAGUCUUGGCAUUGAGGUUGAAUGAGAUUUUGACGGCUGUAAUUCAUGGCGCUCGCAAGGAGGAGUCAUCGUCGGAAGUACAGCUUGCUGCGGUCCAUGCGCUAUUCGACUCCCUGGAGUUCGUUCUGCAAGACCCAACACAUUGUUCAGACUCACCAUCUGAAUUGUUGUACCAAGUCGGCGCUUUCGAAUGUUUAGUGAAGAUUAUGGCACUGUACUACGACAAGAUGGCAUUUUAUAUGGAACAGGCUUUGUUUGGCCUUACUGUGAUGGGCAUGAAACAUUCUGAUGAACGGGUCGCACUGCAAGCCAUAGAGUUCUGGACCACUGUAUGUGAGGAAGAGAUUGAACUCGCCCAUGAGGCACGAGAGUCCAAGCAUUUUGCCAAGGUUGCCCUGCCGGAAGUAAUCCCGGUUCUUCUUAAUCUCCUCCUAGGGACCUUGGGCGCAGACCCUUUCCCCUGCUCCAACACCGACGAAGGUGAAUGGAACCUUGCCAUGAGCACCGGUACUUGUCUCAACUACAUGGCUCAAGCCGUAGCAGAUGCAAUUGUUCCCGCUGUCAUCCCCUUCAUUGAGGCACACAUCAAGGCGCAAGACUGGCACCAGCGCAAAGCAGCCAUAAUGCUGUUUGGCUCUAUUUUGGAGGGUCCUGAUCCCCAGGUUCUCACCCCUCUCGUCAACCAGGCGCUUCCCCUUCUGAUCGGCAUUAUGAAUGAUGAGAAUCUGCAUCCUGACGUGCAUCUUCAUCCUCUAAUCCCGGCACUCGUCAAUGGUCUUUCGGAUCGCCCUGCGCAUCUAAGCACCCUUCUGUGGGUUACCGAGACAUCCGUACUUUUUACUUUUUUGUUGGUUCACGUGACCUUCACCAUCACAUCCUAUGUAUCCCAUUCAACUACAGAUUGUAUUCCUGUGAUGCAAAACACCGUCAUUGCUAUUUUGCAGAGAAUGGAGCAACUUCUGAACAUGCAGAACCAAAUCAUCAGCGUUGACGACCGCAAUAACUGGAAUGAGCUACAGAGCAAUCUCUGCAGUGUUGUCAUCAUAUGCCAUCAUAGCGUUAUUCGGAGGCUCAGCAGAGGCAUUCAACCAAUGGCAGAUCAAAUCAUGACCCUCGUUCUCCAGCUUAUCCAAGGAGCAGGAAAGACAUCAACAGUGCUUGAAGAUGCUUUCCUGGUUGUUGGAUCGCUAGCUGCCGCAUUGGAAGCUGGAUUCACACCAUACAUUCAAGCUUUCUUGCCAUUCCUGUAUCCCGCCCUCAAAGCACAUGAAAAUACCCAGCUGUGCAUGGUUGCUGUCGGCAUCAUCAGAGAUAUCCCACGUGCACUUGGCGAUCAGAGUGCCCAGUAUGCAGGCGCGUUCAUGAACGUUUCACUAGAGAACCUGCAGAGCAACAUAUCAAUACUAUCUUGCUUUGGCGAUAUUGCGCUCGCUAUUGGACCUGCUUUUGAUUCUUAUUUGAAUACAACCAUGGACGUGUUGAGACAAGCGGGCUCUGUGCAACCUAAUCCUCUUGACUUUGAUCUCAUGGACUAUGUCGCUCAACUACGGGAAGGAAUUCUAGAGGCAUACACUGGGGUUGUCACUGGAUUCAAGAAUACCGAGAAAAUAUCCUCGAGCUCAGUCCACCAAUGUCUAGCAGACGAGGAGAGAUCCGAUUCCAUUGUGAAACUCUCCUUUGGCCUCAUCGGUGACCUCGCAGACUGUUUCCCCAACGGCCAGAUCAAAGAACACCUGCUAGAAGAAUGGAUCGCACAUGAAUUCUGUAGUAAGCGCAGAUUGGCCUCUUGCGCAUCAGCUGGAUCAGUCGAGUUCAUACCCGUGCCAGCAGUCAGCGGGUAUAUGACUGGAUCUGUGAUAAAUAUAGUUGCAGGUCAGGUUCCUGCCCUCAUGGGCAUUACCGGGUUCAGGUAA